AUGACAAAAUCUAGCCUAAUCCCCUCAAUUUUCUAAUCACAUUUUGCCAUCCAUUCAUUCAUCCUCUUUCCCACUACUGAUCAUUAAUUCAUACUUCUUUUGUUUCCUGUGACUCCAGUGUCUGGACACGUACGGGCUGAAACCAUGUACGGCCGAGUAUUUGGACAGAAUGAGGGCAGUCGCACGCCAAUGUGGGUACGACAUCAAGAAACAUUUCUCGGAACAUGAUCCCCUCGAAUUUGGCGUCGUUUCGGACUACCUGUUCAAAUGCAUGAUGCACGAAAAAUUCAUGUGCCAAGUUCCCUUCAACAUGGAUCAGGUGCAGUUGAUCACGGAAUUUUUCCAAAUGCCGGACGGAAUGAUUUGCUACUCUCGCCUCCACGAGUUAAUGAUUUCCAACGACAACAUCGCGGACCAGUUGAGGGAUUGUGCUUCACAAGUUCCUUUCCCAAAAGUGUCGGAUGUUGAGCUAAGGGCAUGUGGAAAACACGUCUUUGGAACGGAGCCCUGCAUUCCAUCCAUUCUGGAAAGGUUGCGAACUGCCUACUUUCGCCUCCGUAUCAAAAUCACGGAUCAGUUUCGCUGUUGUGACCCCACCUGCAAGGGGCUCAUUUCUGAAGAAAAGUUUCAAUGCAUCCUCAACGACACGCUGGUUCCAGAAGCGGGCGUCACGGAGCGACAGUUGGACGCGGUGACUAACUAUUAUCGCGCGUAUGAUGACCAAAUCGACUACAAACGGAUGGCUGAAAUGUUUGACUCGACUCUCAGUUUGCAAGAACAAAUCCAGUUGAAUUAUAUCACAUCGCGAGACCAGCUCAAGAAACCGAAAGCCGUGAACAAAUUGAGUGAAAAAGAUGAAGAGAGGAUUGUCGAGAUUUGGCAUAAAAUCGUGAAAAGGGCUGAUCGUCAUAUCCUCAUAACAUUGAAUGCAACAUUUGAUAAGUUCGCUCAUCGACAGUCUGGUGAGGCUACGGUUCCUCACCUGAAACGCUUCCUGGUCUACUUGGAUGCAGACCUGGUGGAAUCCGAUUUUGCUCUUUUGUGCAAAAAAUACGCCACCAGAGACUACAACGUCAACUUUCUUCAACUCGUGGAAGACCUGGAUGACACGUACCACGCCAAGAUCUGUCCCCAAAAGCCACCUGAGCCCAUCCUCGGGGCGGACGGCCCCCCUUACGAUAUGGAAUAUCCCCCUGAUUUGGGUGGGGCUGGGAAGAACAGUUCCGUGUGGGGAUUUCCUCACUGUAAAUGUGCCUGCGAAGAUGAGCACUUGGCUGGGGCGUGUUUGCCGCAAGAUUCCUCUCGCUUUUACGAAGGGGGUCCAGUCGUUGGUGGGUUUGGGAGGAGGCCAAUUCUAGGCAAGGACUACAUCAACAAAAGGGCGAACGCUUUUUACGGUCAACGAUACGCUGGAGCGUACGCACUUUCUCCCACGGCUGGGAAACCGUCCCCCAUUCCAAUGGGUCUCACGGGCGAAUUGAAACCGAAACUGGGACAAAGUGAAGCUGUCGAGCUGAGAAAUCUGAUGGAACGUCUUCAACAAUACUUGUACCGAUUUAGGGUCAGAACGAAAGAGUUCUUCAGGGAUUUCGACCUCAUGAAUCAUGGCUUCAUUUCAGCGAACCGAUUUCGCCGGGCCUUGGCCAACAUGGGAAUUGGACCGGGGGAAAAGAUUGCUUUGAGUGAGGGCGAAUUUGAUGCCUUGAUAAAUUACUAUCGGUUGGAGGACGAUCAGUCGAUGGCAUGCUGGAGAAAAUUUGAUGAUGAUAUUGAAUCAAUCUUUCUGCAAAGAGGAAUCGAGAAAAUGCCACUGAUCUUAACCCCUUCACCUGAUCGGAUCAUGGCGAUUCCACGAGCUGGGGCCACAAACAUGGAAGAUAUUCCUCUUCGAAUUCGGCAAUUAGCGAAAUGUGCCAUUGCCCGAUUGCGAAGUCGAGUGGAACUUGAGAGCUGCAAUAUCAAGUAUUUCUUCAAAGGUUUCGACAGGAUUAACAAUGGGCACGUUUCUCGCCAGCAAUUUAAGCAAACUCUCUCCAUGCUCAACUACUACUUCACGGCGGAUGAAUUGGACGCGAUUUCCGUCCAGUACUGCGACUCCCUGGGGUUCAACUACUUUAAACUGUUGGACGACAUUGACCCCAAGAAUAUUGAGCCGGGAUGGUAUUCCAAGUACAAAACUGGACGCUUAUACCAACUCAGCCGCCCCAGGCCAACGCCAAAAUGGCAAGAAAAUGACUUGCAACGAAUCAUGUACAAGAUUCAGGCGAGAAUGGUACGAAAUCGUCCCAAACUAUACGACUUUCUCCGUGACCACGACUAUGUUAAUCACGAUCGUAUCAAAACUAUUGACUUCCAUCGCGCCAUGGACCGGGCCGGGUUUGAGUUGACGCCACGAGAGAUUGAAGUGCUGACUUGUUGCUACACGUCUCCCGAUGACCCCAUGGAGAUUGAAUGGCGUUGCUUCCUCAACACGGUUGAAACAGUUUUCACCGUCGCCAACUUGGAGAAAGCUCCACGAAUUGAGCCUCAAGCUUGGCGUCCUCUCAAAGAGAUGGAUUACGACAAGGAGCUCACGAAAGAGGAAUAUUGUCGCUACAUUUCUGGAAUGCGUCGUCUCGCUCUUCGCGUCUAUCAGCGUCGCCUCGAGUUCAAGCCAAUGUUCCAAGACUUCGACCAACCGCAAACCGGCCUGGUCUCAGUCAAUCAAUUCCACCGAGUACUCCACACCCUUGGGCUGGCCGAUCUUGUGACGACGAGUGAAUUGGAGGCAAUCAUUAAGAGAUUUGGGGUUGUUCGUGGACUGAAGGAUGACGUUGACUAUGUCGAAUUCCUGGCCCAACUUGAAGGCAUCACCAGCGUAAAUCCGAUAACUUUGGAGGAAAUGAGCCCAACCGGUGUCAAGUGGUACGAACAGUUGAAUCCGUGCUGUUAAAGGAAGGAAAUAAAAAAAACUAGCUAAUCGACUAAUACAAAACUAACUGUAUUCACCAUUAAAAUGACAAUAUUGUGAUCUGUAGAAUUCAGUGCAUGCACUGCGCUAUUAAAUAAAGGAAUCAGCAAUUAUUAAACAAA